UCAGAUAAGACAUCGCGGGCCAAGCAGAGUCGCGAGUGAAAAGAAGAAUGGUGGUGACAAGCGCUUGAUUAUCAUUUUCUUACGUUAGCGAGAGCACAUUCUUGCAGCACACAGCCCCGACUACAGCCAGGACGCAAGAGGGACGAAGCGGGGGUAGACAUGCGAGUCGCUGCUGAGCGCCAGAAUGCAACACGGAUUGAAGUUGACAGGGCAGGCACGUCAGCAAAAACGCGUAUUGCGUAUUGCGGGCAGGCGGCAAUGGGUGGAAAGAAGCCGAACAAAAGAUGGAGUUCAGGUGGGAAAGGUCGCGACGAAGUGGGGUGACGCACAAGGAAGAGACCCAAUCCACGCGUGGCUCUGCAUAUGGAUGGCAGCUGCGAGGUCCAAGUCCAUGGACCUGGUUCGAAGGAACGCCUCAUACUUGUCACCG